UACUUGCACCGUUGUUCCCCAGACUUUUCUCAAUUUUAUUUUAUUUUUGCUUGCUUCCAGACGCCAAAAAAAAAACCUAUCCACUUCCCUUAGCUGACCGUUGUGAUCGUCACCGAUUUAGACGUCCAGGGCCUAAUAAGUUGAGAUCGAGGAGACGAGCUUCUGCCCACGGUGCACUCUCAUCAGCAGCAGUGUUACCAUCGGAGCCCACACCACCGCAGGUGGAAGAUAUCCCACGCAGGGCCGAAUCGAAGAAAGUCGAGUCGACGAUGAAGGGACCUACAGUCACCGUUCAACCUAUGCAUCCGUCAUCCUUCGGACCAGUGACGGAUCUGUAUCCAGUACGCGAGGACUCUGUCGGUGGUUUCCUGUCAAAGACCGACACCACAACCGCCCAGCGAAAUGUGCCCCGUUCGUCGUUCUCGACUUAUUCCGUCUAUCCCGGCCUGGAGACGCCUGCUGCGGACCCGGCCAAGGCAACCGACUCGCUGCCUGCGGCGAAGCUGAACCGACCACGCAAACUUUCCAAUGGCUCGACGGCAACCAUGUCGAGCAUGUACGGCAACGAGGGCAUGAAGAUGGGGACGAGAGCGAGCAUGGGCGCCAGUCGACGGUCAGCUUCGUGGGGGAGCAGGACGAGUGUUGAGACGGCCGAGUCCAUCGCACAAUGGAGACCCGAAUACAUGUACCAGCGACCCAUGGCCAUCAAACGCCAGGCGCCUGCCCGCGCAGCCCAGCCGCCAAACGAGAUGUUCGCGAAGCUGCCGGCCGAGGUCUUGGGCCUCAUCAUGAGCAAGCUGCGGCAUCUCCAUCUCACACCCGGCAGCGAGAGCUGUGCGACCUGCUGGAUGCGGGACGUGUGCAACGUGAGCGUGGCCUCACGAAAGUGUUACAAGUCAGCUCGUAUCGCCCUAUACGAUGACAUUCAGCUCGUGGGGGCUGAUUUGGCAGCGCACAAGAAGAAGUACAAGCUGAACCAGGGCGCCCGAGUGAGGCUGCUGCGGCGCUCAUUGCGUGCGAAUCCCCAGCUCGCCGCCAUUGUGCGUGUCUUGAAGGUGCCUGCGCCCGAGGCGCCCGUCAAGGGGAGCAAUGUCGCCGACUACGAUGACCUCGUUGCGUCGCUCGUCAUGGCCUGUCCCAACCUGGAGAGCUUGACGGGACUGACAACCACCUACGACCACUCGUUCAAGAAGAUCUUCCAUGCUCUAUCGACCCGGCGCAACCUCAAGCAGAUGAGCUGGCUGGUCCAGGCCUCGCCACACCAGAAGCACCAGCGAAUUCACUCUCGCACCCAACAACUCGGCUUAGUGAUGCCGGGAGAGCUGAUGCGGUUUCAGGAGACGACCUUUCUAAACCAUCACCGGAAUUGGUCACGUCUUGAAACCCUCACCAUCCACUGCUGCCCGGGAGCUACUCUCGCGCCCGAGACCCUUCUCACCACGACGCUCAAGUGCCUCCGCUCUCUGAAGCACCUCCACCUCUCCAACAUCCCGGCCAACGCCUUCAACGACAGCAACCUCCUCGCCCUGCCCCCUCUCCAGACCCUGACGCUCUCCAGCAUCACUGGCAUCACCACCAAUGGCCUGUCGGCCUUCGCCACCCGCGCCAACAGCGUCUCUCUGCGCAAGCUUCACCUCCGUCAUACGCCGCUGACUUCCUUGGCCGCCCUCGCCCGUAUCCUGUCCAAUCUGCGCUCCCUGACCACCUUCUCGCUCAUCCAGGCCUUCUCACCUGUGAUGCCCGAGGAGGACUCCUUUACGCUCUGGAUGAUGCCGUACCUGGCCUCCGGCAGCCUCAAGAAGCUGCACUGGGACAUCACCGCCCACGUCCUCUCCGUCAAUGCCGCCGACGACAUCCUCUCCCGGAGCAUCGCCGCCGGAGGGUUCCCGGCGCUACGGACGUUGCGAGUGCCCAACGACCCAGACGGCCUCUUCCAGGAUUUGUGCUACCCCGUGGAGCGGAUCGACCUUCACAUGGACCGAUUCCGGACCCCAGAGACUCCCGUUGAGAUGCCAGGCUUCAGCCUCAACUCCAGUUCCAACACCAGCCCCAUCUCACCGACACGGUAUCUGUUCAAGUCCUCCAGCAACACGUCGCUCCCGUCGCCGCGGUCUCCGCAGUCACCAAACGGCAGCAGCCGCCAUCCACCCGCCACCAACCUGCACGCCUCACGCCUCGCCGCCCAGGCACGCCUCGAGGCGGCGCACUCUCGGCCACGCUUCACCGUUAAUGUCAUUGAGGAGGACGGCACAACGACCGAGACCUUCUCCAUGGCAGGCUUCAUCGGAACGUCUGGUAGUCAGAUCAAGUACCACCUCCUGCCGGACGUCGGGUCUGCCGACGAGAAGGGCGGCUUAAUUGAUGUGCGGGAUCUCGAAGGUGACGGCGGUGAGAGUCUCGCUGGUGGCCGCGAGGGUUGCCUCGGCCGGUGGAACACUCGUGACGGUUUCAUGGCGGAUCGAAAGGAGAAGGAAAGAUGGUGGCAUACAGAGCGCGGUCGCUGGACGAAGCUGACUCUGUGAAGAGAGAGAGGAGAGAGAAUGAGAGAGGACGAGACCACAUAUUGAACGAAAAUAAGGAAGAGAUAAAGAUCUAGCUUCCCUUUGGGCAUGGAAUUUUGGAAACUCAUGUAACUACUAUUUUAUGA